CAAGCUCCAUAUCAUGUCCAUCUAAAUUCUUGAAGGAAGCCAUGAAGGUUCAGCAGCUGAUGUCAGGCUUCUGGGAGCAACUCCCUUCUUCCUCUUCGUCUUCUUCUUCCUCCUCCAUCUCCUCUUUGACGACCGAUAAGUCUAAGCGCCUCCGUCCACUUGCACCGAAGCUCACCUCCACCGCUGCUGCUUCGACCGCCGACACCAGGAACUCUCCUCUCUUGAAAAGCUUCGAUUGCCCGGUGACCUCGAAAAGCACCUCCGGAAACCUUAAUGUCUCACUAUUGCAGUUGCAGAUGCAGUCAGGGGGUACGCGGUGGAACCCGACGCCGGAGCAGAUAGAGGUACUGGAGGCGCUGUACCAGGGUGGCAUGCGAACGCCGAACCCGCCCCAGAUCGAGCGGAUCGCUGCAGAGCUUGGCAAGUACGGUAGGAUCGAGGGCAAGAACGUGUUCUACUGGUUUCAGAACCACAAGGCACGCGAUCGGCAGAAGCUAAAGCGCAGCUCGCUCCUCGCCCUUGCCACCAACACUGCUUCUGAUCUCUCCAGUCUCAAAGAAGAAGAAACGAGGGAGUGCCAUGACGGCAGCUGCAAGCGCAAGUGCAGGAGCUGGGGCCGCCAUGAGCUGGACGUGGAAGGGAGUGGGCCAGGUGAUCAGACCUUGGAGCUCUUCCCACUGCGCCCAGAAUGGAAGCAUGCAGAUUGAAUAGCAUCUACAGAGAAUUAAGACCACCGUUCUUUCUUUCUUCUUUGAUCGUUAGCUUGGCUGUCUCACUUUGCCCUCAUGUUGAGCCAUGUUUCUUGACUUCCUUUUUUCUCACAGCUUCUUUUGAAGCCCAUAGGAAAGUGGAGCUUCUUUUGUUGCAGUGCAUUCUUUUCCUUUGUCAACAUGCAGUAGCAGGUGGAGGAGACUGCUCGUGCUGUGCUUUCCGUGCUGGUCUUUCUCUUCUUUUCUUCUUUUCUGCUUUCCCUUUUUCCUCUUGUCAUGCUUUGUUUCUGAACGCAAUGUUCUCAUGAUAUACGACACCAGAAACUGCAAUGCUGGUCACAAGCAACAUCCAGAAAGAUGAUCUCCGAUCUCCAACAAACUAAUCUCUUGUUUCCCAAAUCCUUGGUCUUCUUCACCUUCCUCCUCUGCAUCUCUUAGCCUAACAAUCCUCCAUAAGACAACUUUUCCUUGUGGAAUGUGCGAACUAUAUCUCUAUUCUGGGAUAACAUGCAUCAAGCAUUUGCUGUACCAUGAUGUCUUUGAAGAUGAGCAUAGAAUAUAGCAGAUGAAGUGCCAUGAUUAACUGAUGCUCUUUUGGGUGGUCAGCUCUCUACUAGUGUCAGACAGUCGAGCCCAACCUUAGCAUGAGCCUGCACAGACACACUCAAUAGUUCAUCAUAGAACAAAGGUUUGACCUCCAAAGGUAAUCGAUGGAGGCCUUUUCUGUAUCUUUGGGAAGUGUUUGUGUUCAAUUUGCUGCAUGAAGAACUGGGCUGUGAUUACUUGUGGAAUGAUGUUAAACUAGCAAGUCCUGUGCCAUAUUGUUCUUGUAUUUUUAUGAUCAUGUCUUAACAUUAUAUGGUUACAGUUUUUGAUUUAGAUCUUAAGAAACACAAGCAGAAUUCAAGUUGAAAGAUUAGCUUGUUCUUGUCAUUUUCAUAAAACAAUUGGCUAAAGCUGGUGUAUUUUUCAAGACACAUAAAAGACAGGGCAUAUGUUGAUAAUUGAACCUGCAAACACCUAUAUACCAAUUUGAUCAAAUCCCUCAAGAAUUGCAUGUACAUUUGGUUGUUAGUUUCGUCACUUAACAUUGAUCUUUAAAUGCUAUAAAGUUCGUUAUUUAAUUAUUAUGAUGAGCAAAAUAUUAAAAGGUACUAUACAUAUAUUCUCAAAAAAAUCUCUAAAUUUAGUAAAUUCCUCUGAAAACUUUAUUUUCUUAUAGAGUAUUAUGAAAAUUUUUUUUUACCUUUGUCUCUAUCAGAUCGGUUAUCGGUUUUGCUCGUAUCAUCAUCAUCCUCACCUUUUUGUAUCGCUCUUGUCUCUUUUUUUUAUCGGAUCCUUCUCUCGUAAUGAGACGCAGCUUUCCUAUAUCGUCUCUG